UGGGUCGCCAGGUAGAAAGAGAAGGCGCCGGCGGAAAGUGGCAAAACACAUCACGUUUUCAUACUAUCGUGGCAAGAAGAAGCAUUUUGUCAAGUCAUGCCAUUGACACGGGGUAAGAGACAAACUAAGUCGAAACAAACCAGCAACCCACCAGAUGAUGACAUGCUGCAGUCUGGUAAUGAAGUGGAAGAGAUUGCACAGCCAUCUGCUCCAACCACUGCCCCAACCAUGGCUAAGUUUAAGGAGGAUUAUAGAUUGCUAAAAGAGGAGAACCGCCUUCUGAAAGAGGAGAACCGACUUCUGAAAGAGGAGCGGGAUUUCCUUAGGCAGAAAGGUCUCAACCCAGUGAAGACCAGACCCUCAACAUCUUCAAAAGGGUCCGACAAAAGGAGGCGCAUGGAUUCCUCAGACUCUUCAACAUCUGACUCUGAGUCAGACUCCUCCUCUGAAGAAGAAAAGAGGAAUAAGAAGAAGAGAAAGAAUAAGAAGAAGGAAAACCCUGCAAAAUUUGGAAAAAGAGUUCAGGGUCCAGAGGACGUCGUACACCGAUACAGAGCUGUUCUAAAAGAAUUUCGGUGUACAAGGAGCAUCAGCCUCAGCUGUGAAACGCUGAGUGUUGACAGAAAUACAAUCGCCUUAAUGGCAAUCAUUGCAGAGGUGUGGAUUGCUGCAGAGGGUGAAGAUUUCGGGCUGCUGCCAGAGUUCACUGAGGAGGACACUUUAGGAAACUACGCCAAAACCUGCAAGACCUUCCUGGAGGGUAACAACCCGCUUGAAGAAAAAAUUUAA